GUUUACUACUUUCCAUGCACGUUUUACAAUCUAUAAAUAAGACCAAUGAACCUUUUUUUUUCCCUCAGUGUUGUGAACAAUUGUUAGUAUAGUACAAGAAGAAGAAAAGAUGGCAUCUGAACAACAAAACCGUGAAGAACUUGAGGAGAGGGCAAGGCUUGGUGAAACUGUUAUUCCUGGUGGAACUGGUGGAAAGAGUCUGGAAGCUCAACAACACCUUGCUGAAGGAAGGAGCCGUGGAGGGCAGACAAGGAAGCAACAGUUAGGGUCAGAAGGAUAUCAAGAGAUGGGAACAAAAGGAGGACAGACAAGGAAGGAACAGAUGGGGAUAGAAGGGUAUAAAGAAAUGGGGCGCAAAGGAGGCCUUAGCACUAUGAAUAAGUCUGGUGAAGAACGUGCUGCAGAGGAAGGCAUGGAUAUUGAUGAGUCCAAGUUUAGAAAUCACUGAAAAACAUGCAUGUUCUUAGUUCUGGUGUUUUGUUGUACUUGUUUUUUCUACUUCUUUAGCUAAAGAUGUAGGAGCACUCAUAAAUGUGUGUGUGUCUGUGUGUGUG